AUGUCUUUGAAAACUCAGCAAAAAACGAACGACGAGAGCGAGACGAUCGCACCCGAAGAGGACACUCUCCCGAAGGAGGAAACAGUUAAACCAAUCCUUUCGCGAGCCUUCAGUAUUGAGAGUCAGAGAAGUAGAGGAGAGAGUGUUAUCCGAAGGAUGUCUAGUGUUGUUGUCAAAGAGCCAACAGAAUCGCCGCCUUUGAUGCGAUUAUUAGGUCUAUUAAAACCGGACAAAUACCUCGUUUUGCUCGGAGCUGUUAUGGCGUUCCUCAUGGGUCUUACAAUACCUGCCUUUUCCAUCGUAUUCGGAGAUAUAUUGGGAACCCUUUCGAGUUCAUCCACAGAUAAGAUUAAAGAGGAUGUACUCAUGUAUUCAAUGAUAUUUGUGGCGAUGGGUAUUGGGACCGGAAUCGCGUCAUUCCUGCAGAUUUAUAUGUUUGGCGUUUGUGGUGAGCGACUGACAAUGAGACUCAGGAAAAUGGUAUUCACAGCGAUGUUAAAGCAAGAGGUGGCCUGGUUUGAUGAGCAGGCCAAUAGUACCGGUGCCCUGUGUUCCCGACUCUCAUCGGACGCCUCUAGUGUCCAAGGGGCCGCUGGAUCUCGUAUGUCGACCCUCUGUCAGGCUGUUUCCACUCUGGGCGCCGGUGUUGUCAUCGCAUUGUACUACAGUUGGAAAUUAGGACUUGUUAUCAUUUGCUUCAUUCCUCUGGUUAUUGCGUCCACUUAUUUCCAAAUGAGAAUAAUUAGCGGACAGAUCACUAAAGAUAAGAAGUCAAGGGAAGAGGCCUCGAGGAUAGCCGUUGAGGCCAUUGGAUGUAUCCGGACGGUCGCAUCCCUUCACCAGGAAAAUGCAUUUAUUGUGAAUUACAUGAAAGCACUGGAAAAGCAGUUCCAAAAGUCCAAAAUCCGGGCCCAUCUGAGAGGCAUAACCUUUGGAAUCGCGCAAAGUAUGGGUAACUUUUCCUAUGCGGUCGCACUCAUGUACGGCAGUAAACUUAUUGUGGAUGAAGGACUCAACUAUGGAGAUCUGUUUAAGAGUGUUGAGGCCGUCAUAUUUGGCACAGCUAUGGUCGGACAGGCAGUCGCAUUCGCACCCGACUACCAAAAGGGUAGAAUAGCAGCCGUCCAUAUAUUUAGAUUAUUGGACAGAAUGCCUAAAAUAGUGGUCAACCUAUUGACUGGUGAUAAGCCGAGCAGCUGUGAUGGAAAUGUCAAAUUCAAUGAUCUGGAGUUCACUUAUCCUACCCGUCCUAAUGUUAAAAUACUGCGGGGCCUUAGCUUUGACGUGAAAAAGGGACAGACAGUAGCUCUGGUAGGCUCGAGUGGGUGUGGAAAGAGUACAAUCAUUCAACUCAUACAACGAUUCUAUGAUAUCGAUGGCGGAGAAGUGAUUCUGGACAACAAAAAUAUAGUUAAUCUAAACAUCCCGUGGCUGCGAAAGAAGUUGGGAAUCGUAUCGCAAGAACCGGUUCUCUUCGGCUACAGUAUAGCCGAGAAUAUCGCUUAUGGAGACAACACUCGAAAGGUUGAACUCAACGAAAUCAUCAGAGCCUCAGAAAAGGCAAACAUUCACUCAUUCAUCAAAUCAUUGCCAAUGGGUUACGAGACACCCGUCGGAGACAAAGGCACACAACUUAGCGGCGGACAAAAACAGAGGAUAGCCAUCGCUAGAGCUCUCAUUAGGGAUCCAGAAAUACUGCUUCUCGACGAGGCUACCAGUGCUCUCGACUCGGAAAGUGAAAAAGUAGUGCAGGAUGCCCUGGAUGAGGCACGAGAGGUA